UAGUACCUCACAGAAGAGUCAAGGACAUUUCUUGUACAGUUGGCGUAAUACUCUAGUGGUGUUGGUUUUGAAAGCAACCGAGCUUCGUUUGUUAAUUUAUGAUAUUUCAUACUAUUUACAUGUAAUUUCGUGACCAAUUUGCAUUUAAGUUCGGAACACUUUGUCAAAAGCACGAGGGUAUUGACUCUGGUCGUAACUGGUGGUCGAUCUCGAACGAAGUAGACAUCGUCGAAGAAGAACAUUUAACAAGCCGAGUAUUGUUGGAUUACUAAAGUCACUAAUCCAGCUUUUGUUACGUUCGGCCUCGUGGAUGCAAAUUAUAGGGUGUGUGGUCAUCGAAGCAUGCACACCAAGUCAAACACUACGUUAAAAGCGAACUAAUGACGCCGUUGCAGUUUGAAAUUUUGAAGUGCUGUAUCAGUCACACAUAAUACCAAAGCAAGAAGAAACACUCGAAACAUUGUUGCAUAAAACUCGCUAAAAUUGAUCAUGAAGAAGCAAGAGAUCAAUAAUAGCGAAGGAGAUAAUUUUGACGAUGUUUUCAACCAAGUCAAGUCGUUUGGACGAUAUCAAAACUGCGUUUAUUGGUUCAUCGCUGCCUUAAAGAUCCCAAUGUCAGCACAGUUUGGUUUUCUGCUUUUUAGUUAUGGAACUCAAAAGUUCCAGUGCGAUUCAUCUAAUGUGACAUGUCCUAUAAGCAAAUGUUGCAACAACUGUACAUCAUAUUCAUUUGAUCAGAGAUACGUCAGUGCUGUGUCAGAGUUUGGUCUUAUCUGUGAUAAAGCCCUUAUCAGUGCAAUAAUACAAUCAAGUUAUUUCUGGGGGAUGCUGUUUGGCUCCAUCGCUGGUGGAUGGUUUGCUGAUAAAUUUGGAAGAAAGAAAUGCAUCUUUGGCAAUCUUUUAGUGAUGUCUUCUCUUUCUCUCUGCUGUGCCUUCGUUAGUUCACCAGUUGUUAUUAGCAUUUUUCGGUUUUGUGGUGGUUUUGUCCAGGGUUCUCUCAUGGUAUCACAAUAUACUUUGUCCAUUGAGAUCGUUGGACCAACCAAAAGAACCUUUGCUGGUAUAGCUACAACCCUUUUUUGGAAAAUUGGAGGAGCAAUAGAUGUAUUGACAGCAUACCUCUUUCCUUACUGGCGACACACAGUCAUUGCUGGUUCUAUACCUGGAUUCCUCUUCCUGCCAUUCUACCUGAUUUUCCCAGAAUCACCGCGUUGGCUUGUAGCUCAAGGUCGAUUGGAUGAGGCUCAAACCRUCCUCGAAAAGUUUGGUGGCAAAAAGGAUAAGCCUGUAGACAAGCAACAACUGAGAUCCACGUUAGAGAAAGUCAGGAACGCUCAGCUUGCACAACAAAAUGUUGAGCGUCAAACAUUUCAUGCCAAUGACUUAUGCAAGACACCAAGGAUACGACGUUUCAGCCUAGUUAUAUGCUACGAUUGGUUUGUCGUGGCUUUGCUGUACUUCGCCAUGUUCUUGUUUGUGACGAGGCUCUACGGUGACGUUUUCAUUAAUACACUCGUAAUGCACCUUGCUGAUAUCCCGAUGAUUGGUUUUAUGUGGUUCUUGGCUGCUCGUUUCGGGCGUCGUAUUACUUUCACUGGUUUUAUGUUCCUGGCUGCAGUCACUCUUGUAUCACUACCAUUCCUUCCAAAAGAUAUACCUCUAUUGGGAACGGUAAUGGCAAUCGUAGGCAAAGCUGUGACGGGUUGUAAGUUCACGCUUAUCUAUAUAUGGACUUCUGAGCUGUUUCCAACCGUCAUAAGGAAUCUGUCAGUUGGAGCCGGAUCGAUGUCAGCUCGAUUUGGCGGCAUAUUAGCCCCAUUCUUUGUAAUGAUGGCUCAACUACCUGGUGUUUCCUUGAUCGUACCAUUUUGUAUUUUUGGAGUUUUGAGUAUUUCAGCAGCUCUGAUGACAUUAAUCUUACCUGAAACCUUAUUUGCUAACAUGGAACAGACCAUUGAAGCGGCUGAGGAGGCUCASUURGACUAUAGCGUGCCUUGUUGUGGAAAGAAGCGCAAUCGGAGCAACGAGUUGAUACUCUGYGAUCAAGAGGAAAAACAUGACGAGGAAGUCAAAUCAACACUGAUUUGAAUGCCUGUGAUUCAAUUAUAAAUUUUUUCACAAUUACAAUAUUUAAGUUGCCGGGGUGAGCCGCUUUACAGUUUUUUAAAACAUAAAAUAUUGUAACAUAAAAUAAAAAAACCUCUUUUUUGAUAUUAUAUAUCUUGUUAACACUUUUUGAAGUUAAAUUAUUUAGGAACUGCGCAAUUAUUAUCAGGAAAAGGAGAGUGAAAAGAUCAGAAAAGCCAGUUAUCGGGAAUUCUGUGCCAUAUUCUUUGUCAAAUAGUGAUGUAUGUUAUUUUGCAUAACUCCAUUGAUAAUCUGAUGAUAUUUGAAGAGGAUGGGCUCACUUCAGCCUUCACACUUUGCCUAAGGUCACAACGGAGUGUACCUAAAUGUCGUGGGUACGAAGUCGUGGGUAGUGGUUAAAGUCGUGGGUACGAAAAAUUCAUUAAAAUCACGUAAAAAUUACAUAGAAGUAAAGGAAAAUGUUUAGAUACUCUAAAGAUACAAGUACAGUUAUAACUCUCUUUGAAURACCACUCUAGUAACAUAGUAAGCGACCAUCUCCCGUAAGCGAACAUUUUUUAAAUUUCCCGUUUUGUUCAGUUUCCCAUAUUAACUCUGUACAAAAAAACUUUCUCAUAAACGAUAAACGACCAUCUCUCGCAAGCGACGAAAUAGUGUCAGGGUCCUGGUCCCUAUUUACAUUUAUUUAUGGGUAUUUUGUUUUUAGAAUGGACUGAGCUCUUAAGURUACAUUUUUUUCUUGUAAAGUGACAGGAAAGCCAAGUUUUGAAGUUCAAGCUAGUAGAAUUUUUUAAGUUUUGAUAAAUCUUUGAGUGUGGGAGGUAUAUGCAGGCCUACUUCGACCCAUGAAGUUGCCUUAACUCUGAUCGAGCUAACAUUUUUGUGCGAUUUAAAUAUAAAACGAGAAUUUGGUGCGAUUCUGAUCGAGUGACUUCUUUGGGUUACGGAGUUGUUGUCGCCGUAACUUUUAGAGACURUAGCGAUUUAAUACAUUUUAGCAAAUAUACACAAACAAUUUAAAUCGAAUUUGAGCGAGUUGGGGUGAUUUUGGCGAUAUUUGAGAUUACUCCGACAUUCGACCAAACUUCUUAGUUUUUUAUUUCUAUUUCUUUUUUAUGUAAAAAUCUCAGUUCCAAGUCAGUCUCGUAAGCAUCCCGACAUACUUCGACGAUACACACGGUAGUAUGUAGUGGGAAAUAUGGGAGGCUUAGCUUGUGAAUGCGUGUAGUGGGAAAUAUGGGAGGCUUAGCUUGUGAAUGAGUGAUUUAAGUGUAAUUCAGUGCAAAAGCUAUUAUUAAGAAAAGAAUAAAAUAUUAGAGAAAAUGUUUUGAGGUAUGAAGUGUGGGCAACUAGUAUCGCAAAUCAAAGCAAAACAAAUGUCCAAUUAUCGGUUGUAAAAGACAUAAAAUAAUCAUUCUGUCAUUUCAAAAUACUGAUAUCUUGAUUAUGUAACGACUGUAACCAUGGACGUG